UAACAGAUGUGUGCUGAUUCCUGACUGUUAUGUGGGUCCUGGGAUCCAGAGUCAGUCCUUACUGUCUGUCUGUCUGGCACUCCUAAGCACUGAGCCACCCUUCCAGUCCCAUUGUAGGGAUCAUUUAGCUUCUUUUGGAAUCAUUAUAGGCUAACACAAGAAGUUGUUAAAAUGCAGGGCAGGACGUUUUCCCAGUCCUUUAUUCAAUAUCCUCCCAUUUUUAAGAUUCCUAAAAGACAUCUUGGUGCUUUCUCAUUCCAAUUGUUUUUUUGUUUACCAUAUUUUGAGUCUUGAGUAAGGAGUUUUAAGUCCAGAUGUUCUUAUAAGAUCUCUGCGAGAUGUUAUACAAAUAUAAUUAAGUAAGCAAUAUUGACAGGCAUGAGACUAUCAUUAUAUCUCCGUGUUACGUGUUUGAUCACUUGCCUUACAGUAUGUGUGAAGGGGUAGCGUAUUCAGUUGCUGGGUAGAUGAGCUUUUGUUUGUUUGUAUGUGUAGUAUUUCUAGUUCACUGCUUCUUAGUAUGUUGAAAAGUAAUACACUUGGCCACAUAUUUGAGUUUAAUUAUCUCAUACUGAGGGCUUUCACGUACUCUUUGUGCAUGCGUUGGACUGUAUGAAGUGUCAUUGGGAAUGUUCCCUCGAGGGGCUGGAGCGAUGGCACAGUGGAUCCGAGCAGUGUGCUCUUGCAGAGGUCCUGGGUGGAGUCCCCAGCACUGACAUGGUGGCUCACAAACACCUCUAACUCCAUUUCAGGGGACCUAGUGACCGGUUCUGGCCUCCCCAGGCACUGCACACACAUAGUGCAUGUACAUGCAUGCAGGCAAAAUAUUCAUGCACGUGCAAAAUUAAAAUAUGUCUUAAGAAGUCAAUAUUCCUUAGAGGGCUUUAUCUUGUUUUGAAGAUAGACAUGGUUGGAAAGGCGGAGAGAAAUAGAGAGCCCGUCAAGUACCGAGAACGGACAGAGCUGUCUGAAUGCUUAUGAUUAUAACCAAUGGCAUCUGACGUCCGAGUGAGAUUUCACUGAAGCCUAUGACGUGUAACACUUUCCUCAGACCCAGAAGCACCAGUUACAACAGAAGAUAUUCAGAGUUUGACAUAGUAGAUGCUUCUCGGUGCUGCUCAUCACACUGAGAAACUGGCUUCUCCAAAAGGAAAUGAUCUGGAGAGAUCCCUCGGGGGACCACGAGUUCAUACUUCUUCAAAGGGAAGACGGGCAUUUUGAUGGAGGAUGAAGCUGUCCUGGACAGAGGGGCUUCCUUCCUUAAACAUGUGUGUGACGAAGAAGAAGUAGAAGGUCACCACACGAUCUACAUUGGGGUCCAUGUGCCCAAGAGCUACCGGAGAAGGAGACGCCAUAAGAGAAAGGCUGGGCACAAGGAAAAGAAGGAGAAGGAAAGGAUCUCUGAGAACUAUUCCGACAAAUCAGAUGUGGAGAAUGCGGACGAAUCCAGCAGCAGCAUCCUCAAGCCGCUCAUCUCCCCGGCCGCAGAACGUAUCCGAUUCAUCUUGGGAGAGGAAGAUGACAGCCCAGCACCUCCUCAGCUCUUCACGGAACUCGAUGAGCUGCUGGCUGUGGAUGGACAGGAGAUGGAAUGGAAGGAGACAGCCAGGUGGAUUAAGUUUGAAGAGAAAGUGGAACAGGGUGGGGAGCGAUGGAGCAAACCCCAUGUGGCCACCUUGUCCCUGCACAGCUUGUUUGAGCUGAGGACAUGUAUGGAGAAAGGAUCCAUCAUGCUUGACCGGGAGGCCUCCUCUCUCCCACAGCUGGUGGAGAUGAUUGCAGACCACCAGAUCGAGACAGGCCUCUUGAAGCCCGACCUCAAGGAUAAGGUCACCUAUACGCUGCUGCGGAAACACCGACAUCAAACCAAGAAAUCCAACCUUCGGUCCCUGGCUGACAUUGGGAAGACAGUCUCCAGUGCAAGUAGGAUGUUCAGCAACCCUGAUAACGGUAGCCCAGCUAUGACCCACAGGAAUCUGACAUCCUCCAGUCUCAAUGACAUUUCUGAUAAACCAGAGAAGGACCAGCUGAAGAAUAAAUUCAUGAAAAAACUGCCCCGUGAUGCAGAAGCUUCCAACGUGCUCGUUGGGGAGGUUGACUUCUUGGACACUCCCUUCAUUGCCUUUGUUCGUCUACAGCAGGCUGUCAUGCUGGGUGCCCUGACUGAGGUGCCUGUGCCCACAAGGUUCUUGUUCAUUCUCUUAGGUCCAAAGGGGAAAGCCAAGUCCUACCAUGAGAUCGGAAGAGCCAUCGCCACCUUGAUGUCUGACGAGGUGUUCCACGAUAUCGCUUACAAAGCGAAAGAUAGACACGACCUGAUUGCUGGCAUUGACGAGUUCUUAGAUGAAGUCAUUGUCCUUCCACCUGGGGAAUGGGACCCGGCAAUCAGAAUAGAACCUCCAAAGAGCCUCCCAUCAUCUGACAAAAGGAAGAAUAUGUACUCAGGUGGAGAGAACGUUCAGAUGAAUGGGGACACACCUCAUGAUGGAGGCCACGGAGGAGGAGGCCACGGUGACUGUGAAGAACUACAGAGAACUGGCCGGUUCUGUGGUGGAUUAAUUAAGGACAUAAAGAGGAAAGCACCAUUUUUUGCCAGUGACUUUUAUGACGCUUUAAAUAUUCAGGCUCUCUCGGCAAUUCUCUUCAUCUAUCUGGCGACGGUAACCAACGCCAUCACUUUCGGAGGCCUGCUCGGGGAUGCCACUGACAACAUGCAGGGUGUGUUGGAGAGUUUCCUGGGCACUGCUGUCUCUGGCGCCAUCUUUUGCCUUUUUGCGGGUCAACCGCUCACCAUCUUGAGUAGCACGGGACCUGUUCUGGUGUUUGAGAGGCUUCUUUUCAACUUCAGCAAGGACCAUAGUUUUGACUACUUGGAGUUUCGUCUUUGGAUUGGCCUGUGGUCAGCCUUCAUGUGUCUCAUCCUGGUGGCCACUGAUGCCAGCUUCCUGGUUCAGUACUUCACCCGUUUCACGGAAGAAGGAUUCUCCUCUCUGAUCAGCUUCAUCUUCAUCUAUGAUGCUUUCAAGAAGAUGAUCAAGCUGGCAGAUUACUAUCCCAUCAACUCUGACUUCAGAGUGGGCUACAACACUCACUUCUCCUGUGCUUGCCUGCCACCUGACCCAGUUAAUCUCUCAGUAUCUAAUGAUACCACACUAGCCCCAGAGGACCUGCCAACCGUUUCUUCUACUGACAUGUACCACAAUGCUACCUUUGACUGGGCCUACUUGUCAAAGAAAGAGUGUGUGAAAUUUGGAGGAAAGCUCGUGGGAAACAACUGUGACUUCGUGCCUGACAUCACACUCAUGUCCUUCAUCCUCUUCCUGGGCACUUACACCUCUUCUAUGGCCAUGAAGAAAUUCAAAACCAGCCGCUAUUUUCCAACCACAGCAAGAAAACUGAUCAGCGAUUUUGCCAUCAUCCUGUCCAUUCUCAUAUUCUGUGUAAUAGACGCCCUCGUCGGUGUGGAUACUCCGAAGCUAAUUGUGCCAAGUGAGUUCAAGCCAACAAGCCCUCACCGGGGUUGGUUUGUCCCACCCUUUGGAGGAAACCCCUGGUGGGUGUGCCUUGCUGCUGCUAUCCCGGCUUUGCUAGUCACCAUCCUGAUUUUCAUGGACCAGCAAAUCACGGCCGUGAUUGUGAACAGGAAAGAACAUAAGCUCAAGAAGGGAGCUGGCUAUCACCUGGACCUGUUUUGGGUCGCCAUCCUCAUGGUGGUGUGCUCCUUCAUGGCUCUUCCCUGGUAUGUGGCUGCUACUGUCAUCUCCAUCGCUCACAUCGACAGUCUGAAGAUGGAGACAGAGACUUCUGCGCCUGGAGAACAACCAAAGUUUCUGGGAGUGAGAGAACAACGAGUCACUGGAACCCUUGUGUUUAUUCUGACUGGCCUGUCAGUCUUUAUGGCUCCCAUCUUGAAGUUUAUCCCCAUGCCUGUUCUGUAUGGCGUGUUCUUGUAUAUGGGGGUGGCCUCACUGAACGGUGUGCAGUUCAUGGACCGUCUUAAGCUGCUUCUCAUGCCCCUGAAGCAUCAACCUGACUUCAUCUACCUGCGCCACGUCCCCCUGCGCCGAGUCCACCUGUUCACCUCCCUGCAGGUGUUGUGCCUGGCUCUGCUCUGGAUCCUCAAGUCCACAGUGGCUGCGAUUAUUUUUCCAGUUAUGAUCCUGGCCCUGGUAGCUGUCAGAAAAGGUAUGGACUACCUCUUCUCCCAGCACGACCUCAGCUUCCUUGAUGAUGUCAUUCCAGAGAAGGACAAGAAAAAGAAGGAGGAUGAGAAGAAGAAGAAAAAGAAGAAAGGAAGUCUGGAUAGCGACAACGACGAUGAGAAAGAUCCUCAACAUUCCUUGAACGCCACACAUCAUGCUGAUAAAAUUCCUUUCCUUGAGUCACUGGGUUUACCCAGUCCUCCAAGAUCUCCAGUGAAAGUCGUGCCUCAAAUUAGAAUAGAACUUGAGUCUGAAGACAACGAUUAUCUUUGGAGGAACAAGGGAACAGAAACCACGUUGUAACCUGUUAGUCAUUCUCAAAACUGACAGUUCUGUUGUUAACUGUUCUAAUUUUUUUUUUGUCUAUGUAUUUUAAAAACUUUUGUUUGGUCACUGACUGAAUAAUACAGUCACUCUCUCUGCUUCUCUCUUGCAUAGGUAAAAAUCAAGACAAUAGUGUCCCUUUUCUUUAAAAAGAAAAAAAAAAGCAUUUGAGGGUCACAUUCUUGAGUUCAUGCAUUCAGAUGUGUCCUCUGACAUGUAAAUCCCUCUGUCACAGGAGACAAACACAGAAACCGCUCUUGUCAAGCAGAGAUCAAAUGUGUUAAGAAUUUUUGUACCACCUUUUAUGAAACUAUUGAAGGACUUAUGACCCAAGCUUGGAGCUGUGCUUACUGGCUUGGCUCUGUCUGGUAGAGUAGCCCUUGACCUCCAAACAGAGUCCCUUCCUGCUUACAGAGUCCCCAAGACUGGAAAAGUGCUGCUACCAACCUGCCCUUGCUCGCCAACCCUGAUUUUAGAGUUAUCAAAAGCAAAAAACACUAAAGGUACUUUGCUCCCUGUAGAGAAACCUUUGUCAUCUUGUAGCAAGUGCUGGAAUGUCCCUUUUCCUAUGCAACUUUUUUUAACCCUUUAAUGAACUUAUCUGUUGAGUACAUCGAAGAAUAUUUUUCUUCCUAGAUUUUGUUGUUUAAAUUAUGGGGCCUAACCUGCAACUUAUUUUUUGUCAAUUUUUUAAACUUUUUUUUAAUUACUGUAAAGAAAAUGAAUUUUUUUCCUGCAGCAGGAAACAUAGUUUUGAGUAGUUCUACCUCUUACCUGUAGCUGCCAGGCUUUCUGUAAAAAAUGUAUUGUAUAUAAUGUGAUUUUUACACACGUGUGUGCACAUGAGUACGCACACACACACACACACACACACACACACACACACACACACACACACCACUCUAGGGUAAGCCAGAAGGCUAGAACAAAUUAAAAGAAAAAUGAAACACCAUGUUUCUAAGAAUCUGUUGGGUUGUCAGAUUGUCCCUGCCCCCCCCCCUUUUUUUCCCAAAAUAAUUGUAGCUGUUUUGUGAAGGAAUCUGGGGAGGAGAGAGAACUGUGUGCAGGAGGGAUAACUUCUGCUGUGGGGAUGGUCAUGCUGGGAGCAGAUACUGGUGUGUUACACGUCGAACAUCCUACAAAGUAUUGGUAGGGAUUUCCUCAUUUUAAUAAUUUGUGUGUUUGUGUAAAAACUCUGUGUGUGGUUGUUGUACACCUGUGCAAAGCCAGAUGGAGUGACAGUAACCAGAGGGCAAAGCUGUCAUGCUUCUUGUGUCCAUUUUUAUAAAGUCCAAAACCACUCAUGAGAACUCUAUUAGGGGCCAAGAAAUACAUUGUGUAAAUUCAGGUGAGCAUAGCUUAUUACUCAGAUGUCAGUCAGCACCACAGAUACAACAGUCCGGAUCUAAAAUAUGAAAGCCAUAAGAAUAUUAACAGCCCUGUCACAUACCUGUAACAUGGUGUAGGAAUGCACAUAGAUCUGCGAAGAAAGUUUAAAGUGCUCACUUACAUGCACUCUUAGGAUAGGGUUAUUGGACCACUCAGAAUACGUGUAUGUGUGUGUAUCUAUGGGCUUCAAUAGACCGAGUUGAAAAUUAGACCUUUCUUAGGCAAAUUGAGUGUGGCAUUUGAUUGCAAUAUUUUUAGUAAGUUCUAUUAUAUACCAAUUAUAUAUUGAGAUGAUAAUUUGGAUGGGGAAUCCACACUUUUGGAUUUGUGUAGCAACAGUUGUGAUAUAUAUUCACUGGGAGAGAUUGCUGGGAGAGUUAGAGGAACAGAAGGGAACCACUUGCUCUCACUGGUUCUGUGGUUGGUUCUUAAGGACUCCCACCUUCUUACGUGAACUAAAAUAUAGUCCUGCUCUCCUGAAAAUUUGAUAAGAGUUUUAUUAUCCUGUUAGAUGUAACUUUUAUGGCAUUUGGUCAUCUUGAAACUUUAGAUUUUAGAGAAAUUAGGCAUGAAUGACCCCAAGAUUUUUGUUGUUGUUGUUGUUCAAUGAUAGCAUCAAAUCACGUGCUAUUUGGUAACCCCUCGAAUGAUACAUUUUUACAUCGCAUUUGUCUUGAGGGCUAUCCUUAAAAUGGGUGUUGUGCAUUAUCUGGUUUUCUCUUAAACCAUGUAAGGAAAUCUUACCUUUUCUACGAUAGACACAGCAGUAAAAUAUUUAAAAGCAUGCAUCGUAAAUGCAGUCCAUAUAUAUAUUUUUUUUCUAAUUAUGAAUCAAGUUUAUGUAGGGACUCAUGGUCCUCCUCUUACUUAGCCCCUGGAGUAACUCAUUAGUUCUUGAGUAGAUCUUAAAGUUAUCUCACCCAACGAAUGUUCCCCAGUCUGUGACUGGGGUGGAUGGUUAGUAUUCACGGAAUGAACAUAAAGCCAUACCUUACAUUUGCUACAGGAAUAGUUAACAGCAAGUGCUCUCAUUACCGCCAUAGCACCCACACUAACAAGCGGAACCCCAAAUCUCUAUGGAUGCACCGUCUUAUCUGAAUCAGGCUGAAUUCGCAUAUUGGCCACUAACCAAACAGAUUUCAUAGUGGUUUGGUUUUUAGUAAACUGGACACAAAUGAAGCAACGGAUUCUUUAUAAUGUCUUUCUACCUUCCUUCCUCCCUGGAUGUGAAUCGGAGAUGAGUGUUUCUCGAAGCAAAGACUCAGAGUUCUUGUCCAGGAGUACUGUGGUAGUGCAAACUGGCUGGGAGAAAGAAGAUGUGCAGGCUGAGCCUGUUUGUCGAAACAUCGAGGCCUCCAGUUGGCAGAAACCCUGGGAGAUGCUGAUCCUUACCUACUGUGUGCAGAAACUACUAAUCGUUUUGUAUGUCAGAGGCAGUGUUGUUUCAGCCUCUCCUGAAAAAGUCGAGGGGUGGGGCUAGGAAGUACUCGUUUGAGAAGACAUUAACCAGACCAUCCUUCUUCUCCCCCACCUAAGAGAAAGGGCUGUUUGUUGUCAGUAAUCUGGCUUAUGUGCAUUUGGGGCACAUAUAACAAUACACACAGAGUAAAUCCUUUGUCAGUUACGUGUUGCUGUUUAAUAUAGCAAAUGACUGUCUUCCGUGUUUUUGUUUCUUUUAUUUUAACUGUGUUAAAGUACUUGAAAUGUAUUGACUGCUGAGAAUCUUUAAAAACAAAACCAUAUGAGUUAUAUUACAGAGGUUGGCGUUGACCAGGAAUGGGACAAAGUUUUCUUCAAUUUUUUUUUUCAUACCACUUCACAAUUUUGGUGCAAGGACCUGAGAUUUUCUCCCUUAUGUUCUGUGAUAUUUGUCCAUCUGCACUCACAGCAUGAGCACGAAGCCCAGUUGGUACGAAGUGAGACUGGAGACAGAAGACAGCCUUGGGGAGUUUUCCGAUGAUGACUUAAUGGAGCUUCCUGGUAGCCCGACUGAAAACCCUUCUGUAAUAUAUGUGAAUGGGGCAGGCUGUGUUUCGACCAGAGAUUUGGAUCUAUCUUAUUCCUGGCUCAUUUCAUUGUGCUCUGUGGAUACACACAAGAAUCCUGAAUUCUGUUUCCUAGGCAAAUACUGAAACUCAGGGCUAAAGUCACCCAGUGAAUCCUUAGAACCUGAAGUAACUUUGUCCCAGGCCUACAAUGUGCAUCGACUGCAGAGUCGCCUCCUUGCAGCCAAGUUCACGGCUGGAACAUAUCCGUACACAUUACGUUUCACAAUCAGUACACACUUUCAGGUAGUCUUAUUUUUAUUCUCUUAAGUCUUUAUUAACUUUGGAGAAAUGAGGCAUCUUUUUAUUUUAAAUGAAGUAGGAUCAACAUGGUGGAACAAAAUGAUAAAGAACAGAAAACAUUUCAAUAUAUUACUAAUAAUUUUUUUUCCAAUAUGAAACCUAAAAUUCCUAUAACAUAGUAUUUUACAGUUUUAUGAAGCUUUCUAUUGUGACUUUUAUGGAAUUAAGAGAUGAAGAAGAUGAGAUAUUUUAGCAUUUAUAUUUUUCAAAAUUAAAUGUAUACUUAAAAUAAAGUAACUUUAUGCAUUUA